GCGGGACUUCAGCUUAUGAGGACGUAGACAAACGAGAGUAGAUCAGAGUUUGAGGAGCCGCGAAGACGAGCGCUGAAAGUGCCGCAAACUAGAGGAAGAAUCGAGCGAACCAGCGACCCGCAGGAGCAGCGAAGAAACACAGAGAGGCAGAAGAAGAUGGUGGCCAAACAGAGGAUCCGCAUGGCGAACGAGAAGCACAGCAAGAACAUCACUCAGAGAGGAAACGUGGCCAAGUCAACGAGGAGUCUGACUGACGAUAAAGGCGUUGGUCCCUGGCUGCUGGCGCUCUUCAUCUUCGUUGUCUGUGGAUCAGCCAUCUUCCAGAUCAUCCAGAGCAUCAGGAUGGGCAUGUAGACCCCCGGAGGGAGCGGCGAGGGGCGGGACCACCGAUUGAUGACAUCAGCACAACGCCAAACAUUCCCGAACUCUGACCCCACCUGUGCACACAGGCCCCGCCCCUUUCACAUGCCCCGCUAUCAGUGUUGACUCAACAUGUGGAGCUUCUCACGCCGUGUCGGGGCGUCCUGGACCGGGACGGGGGGACAGAGUCCAACCUGACCCAGACCAAACUAAGCAGGGGUGUAUGUGUAUCUGUGCACGUGUUUGUGUGUGUGUGUGUGUGUGUGUGUGUGUGAGAGAGAGAGAGUCUGCACUGUGUGCAGCUGCACUUGCGACAUUCCUGUAUCAAUAAAGUUUCAUGUUGAAAGAGGAA